CUGCUUCGCUUCGCUGGCUCUGAGAGUAACACCUGCAGGAGCAGCAGCAGCAGCAACGAACGAGCCAAGCCCAUCCUCAAUUCAAUUUGAGAGAGAGAGAGAGAGAGAGAGAGAGAGAGAGAGAGAGAGAGAGAUAGAGAGGGAGAAAUCUCUAUUCUGCGAGAAUUCAUAUCGGGUCAGCCCGAACCCACCCGUAAGGAUGCCAUCCCGCAGAAGAGCUCUCCUCAAGGUCAUCAUCCUCGGCGACAGCGGGGUGGGCAAGACCUCAUUGAUGAACCAAUAUGUGAAUAAGAAGUUUAGCGCGCAGUACAAGGCGACAAUUGGGGCAGAUUUCCUGACAAAGGAAGUGCAGUUUGAGGAUCGGAUUUUCACUUUACAGAUAUGGGAUACAGCUGGGCAGGAGAGAUUUCAGAGCCUGGGGGUUGCUUUCUACCGUGGUGCUGAUUGCUGUGUUCUUGUCUAUGAUGUCAAUAUGAUGAAAUCAUUCGAUAAUCUUAACAACUGGAGGGAGGAGUUUUUACUGCAGGCUAGCCCGUCAGAUCCUGAAAAUUUUCCAUUCAUCGUGAUUGGCAACAAGGUUGACGUGGAUGGUGGAAAUAGUAGAGUGGUAUCUGAGAAAAAGGCACGGGCAUGGUGUGCCUCAAAAGGGAAUAUUCCUUACUUUGAAACUUCUGCCAAGGAAGGCACCAAUGUCGAAGAAGCUUUUCAGGUCAUUGCUAGCAAUGCCUUGAAGAGCGGUGAAGAAGAAGAAGAAAUCUACCUUCCGGAGACGAUUGAUGUGAGUAGCAGAAGUCAGCAAAGAUCAGGCGGAUGCGAGUGUUGAACAGAGUUGGAUAAAAAUGAUGGGCAAGAUGGAGCGAGCAGGAUCUCUGAUUCUUCCUUCUUGUGUACUAACUAUGAAGCAAAUUGGUGUCUUUAUUCGUUUCGUUUGUACACUACCUACCUACCUACCUACCUACCUUAUUUCAUUCCGCCCAAACUCAAUUCAUUCAUGUUUGUUGGAUUGGAUUGGAUUAUUAUUAUUGUUAUUAAUUUUCCGUUCUGUUUGGCGCUAA